GGCACGCGUGGACACUUUUACCCUUUCCUUCUGAAAUCUGAGCUCUGAAACCACGCAGCUCUCUCUCUCUCUCUCUCUCUCUCUCUCUCUCUUCUUGUUUAUUCCCUUGAUCGCUCCCGCUUGUUCUUUCGGCGUCCUCAUCCGACGAGCUGAAAGGGUACUUCUCCCGCGAAGUUCAUGCAACGAGAGCUUAGGAAAGUGACGAUCUACUCCAGAGGGUUCACUCUUCCCAAAUUACCUAACAAGAUAGCAGAAAGUAUUAAGCUUCGAGAUAGAAUAUGGUUUCAUCCUUGGCAUCCUCAAUGACAAUUUUUCUUGGAGAUGUAUUUGCUCUCUCUAUCCGUCUCUCACAUACACACAUAGAUGCAAUGUAAGGAGCUCUUUGGAAGUAUUGAACUAUGUCAUAGGGGUGAAUUUUUUUUUUGCAACCACUUGAAUUAGCUCCAUUUUAUCAGCUACUCUCCAUUUGCAACUGGGGACCCAACAAGACCUAGGUCUGGUUUGUGAAAGUUAAAACACUAUUGAUGGCCACUUCGAGGGUACCUGGACCCUCAGGUGAUUUGGGGAGAAAAGAUGGGUUAACAGUGGAUUCUGCUGAAGUUGCUUCUGUUCCCAGCAUGGAGGCACAGGCUGAAGAAGCUGAAAGGAAAGCUCGGAUAGAUGCAAUGUGGGAACAGAUGAAUAAAGGAAUAUCUACCAAAGCUCCCAAAUCCUUUUCAAGCAAGCCUACUUCAAUUGUGAAUAGAACUUCACAAAAAACUUCCCCUGGUUGGAUGACGUAUUUGGGACUGGCGCCAAAAAAUGCAGGAUCCCUUGUGCAAGAUGGAUCACGCAAGAACACACACAUGAAUCAGAAUGGCACGAAUGACGAGACCAAGAGACUUGCUGCUGCUGCUCUCUCAAAUGUUAAGGAUGCUGCUGCUGCCCCUUCUGGAAGGGGGAAAGUCGAGGUCACUGAGGUUCGGGACUUUGCAGGUGAAGAGAUCGAAGUGAAGAAGCUUGUUGAUGCAGAAUCAAAGGAAGCAUCCGAAAAGGCCAGGGCUGCUGCUGGUCCACCUUCAGCUGUAGAUGCAGUUCUUGAACAAAUUAGGAAGAAACCAAAGCUCAGUGUGCUUGACAAGACAAAAAAGGACUGGGGGGAGUUCAAGGAUGAAAACAAGGGACUGGAAGAGGAGUUGGAUGCUUACAAAAAAAGCUCAAACCAGUAUUUGGAGAAGUUAUCAUUCCUGCAGCGAACAGAUUAUCGAGAAUUUGAACGGGAGAGAGAUGCUCGACUGGCAUUGCAAGCCAGGAGGCGGCCAGAUAUGCAGGAGCCAUGACCACAGAAUGAGCCAGCCUAAGUUUUACUGAAUUGCACUUAAUUUUGAAGUGUUAUUAACUCUGCUGAGAUCAAGGAGUGGAAGAUGAUGGUGAAAGUUAAUGGAGAUGAGGCUAAGAGGGAAGGAAACCAAUUUCAAUUUCAUUUUCGUGGGGGACGUGAUAAUUCGAUGAAGUUGCCAGCUGGGAUAGGAGAUGGCUUGAGGAAUUUUUCUUUAAAUAACAGAGGCGAAGGCAGGAUGCAAUGCUAUUUUGUCCAAUAUCAAACUUUUGUCCUCUUUUAAAGUCGAUUUAUUUAUGGGGCUCUUGUUUCCUGAGACCUAAAACAAGGUCUCCUAAUGCAUAAAUCUCAUUCAUACGGCGCUCUUGCAUUUUUUCUAAUUAUCUGUUGCAGUAUUCUAACAUUUAUUUGAGGCUAUUUUUUUAUGCCAAAAUAAAAUUAUUUAUGAAUUAUUUUUUCUA